AUGGAAGAAGAAACAACAUAUAAUCAUAUGACAGAAGAAGAAUCUAACGAAGAAACGUUACAAAAUGGUAUAGAAGAAGUAAUAACAGUGGACCAAGAGUUCGCUGAAAAGCAAAAGGUAUUUCAAGAAACGAUCAAUACCUUACAACAAAACUUGGAACUGCAAUCUACCACUACCGAUAAUAUAGGCGACCCUCUCGAAGAAUACUUUAAAAUCAUUAAAGCUUUAUCGUCUUGGAUGACGAAUACCGUUACUUCAACUCUAUCUUCCUCCCCCUUUUUACCGUUAACCACCUCACUCGUAACAGAUCUUGAUACUCUAAAUUCUUUUGAGGAAACCUUGUCAAAGAUAGAGAUCGAUAUAAUAAGUAAUAAACAAAUCGAAUAUAAUCAACUCUCCACUCUUUCAACGACGUCCGAUUCAUUCUCUCAAUUAUUUUCCACUUUUGAUUCCUCAUGGCAAACGUUUAACUCUUUAAUAAAAUUAGGAAAGUUAAAAUUACAAGAAAUAAAAUGGGUAAUAGAAUUAAAGUCAAAUGUUGAACAAGUUGAGGUUGAGAUCAAAAAGGUUGAAGCCAUUCUUCAGGGUAGCAUUAAUAGUAUAAAUUUUGAUUCGUCCAGUGACGUCACAGUAACCGGCAUUGUCUUUUCAUCGUCCCUGUUAGAUGAAUGGUAUACCAAGGUUGUCGCGGUUGAGGAAUUGGUUCAAGAUGUGAACGCAAAGGUUAAAGAUGUUACAACCCAGCUAAAUCAUGAAAGGUUUCGUGCACCAGAUGAUUUAUUUGAUCAUAUAAAUCUUAUAAUUAAUAAUAAUGCACCCGAGUUGAAGAGCAAAAUUGCCGCCACUAAGCAAGCUUUGGCUCAUGAUCGUCAUAUAGGAAGGUGGUUUGAUGGGGCCAAUGAAGCUGACAAAUGGAUUCGUGAUACUUUGAAUCGGGUAAAAGAGUUAGAAGUUCCUGAUUUUAUUAAUAAGCAUGAAUGGUCCGAAGAGGAACAAAAUCUUGAAUCGAAAAUCGCCGAGAGAAGAAAAAUGAUUGAAGAGCUUCCUCUAGAUUCGGAAUCUAAUAUCAUUGAUGACCUUGAGACAAAAGCAAAUGAAAUCAUAUCUAACAUUAAAGACUCAAAUGAUACUGAAGAUCAAGCCGUUAUUGAAUUAAUGACAAAACAAUUAAAAAAUCUCAACGAACGUUUAACGAAAUUAAAUGAUUUCAUUACCCUUCUUUUAUCACAAACUACUACCGAACGUUAUUCCAUAGUAUUAAAAUUACUCAACACCAUGCAAGGAAUGCGCAAUCAAAUGACUCAAAUAAGGAAAACUAUUCUUGAACAUAAUGAUGCUGAUUUAGUUGCUAAUGAUGUCAAGGAUGUAGAAAAUCAAAUCUCUAAUUUUGAAGAGGAACUUUUAAAUGAUGACUCGGUUCUCGCAAAAAUUUUACGUCAAAAGCAUGCUACAUUACUCCUUACCAUUCAAAAAAUUCGUGUGGCUUUAGCUGAAAAUAAACUUCAAAUGGCCGCUUACCUAAGUCCUUCCUCUCCUACUUCUGGUUCGGAAUUUGAUCGAUUAAAGGUCGUUAUACAAGAUCGUUUAGAACUUUUUUAUUCGCGUUUAGUCACUCCCCCAACUUAUAUGAUUGAAACUGAUAAUGAAAAUGAAGAACCUGAACGUAUACAUGGUCUCACUUGUAAUGAUGAUCACGUUGCAGAACUCACCGAUCGUUACUCUUACAUUGAAUCCGAAUUAAUCACUUUUGAAAGGACUUUAUGGGUUGAAUUUUGGUUUAAAAGUGAUCCCUCGAAAAAAGCUCGCAGUGAUGAAUUGGUUGAUAGUUUGGAGAAAAAAUUUAACGAAAUCAAAGUUCUCAUGAAAGAUAGGAAAAAGGACCUGAUGACCAUUAAAGAAGGGAGAGAAUUCGCAAUAAGUGUUCAUGCUAUACGCGAUCAACUUGAUUUGGUCAAAGGGAAGAUGAGGAGAGGUGAUACGACCAUUGACGCUUCUUUACAAGAAUUGGAUGAUCAUAUGGUUGAAGCUUCAUCAUUAAUCCAUUCAUUAAAACAAUCUUAUAGUAAUUUCUUAUCUUCAGAAGCUGAGGAUCAAAAAUAUAAAGAAGCGUUUGAUGAACAAUUAAGCCAGCAUAAACUUGUAAAGGGUUGGAUUGAAGAAGUACGUGUUUGGUUGAGGGAAGCUAUACGUAUACGUGGUUGGAUGAACGAACGUGUAGAAAUUUUACAAAAUGUACCUCAAGUGGAUCCUUUUCAAGAAGGGGGAGCUCCCGCUACUCAAGAACAAGUAGAUGAAUGGCAAAAGGAACAUGAUGAAUUAGAAAGGGAGGUUGAAAAGUUUGACUCUGGAGAUGUCACUCGUUUAAGAGCUCAUGUUAAAGGUAUGGUAGGAAGCACCACCGAUAACACCGAUGAAAUGUCUCCCGCUGAUGCCAUGACGAUUGCAAUCACCUUUGAAACUUUGAAAGUUCUCGAUCAAUUACUUGGAAAGUUAAGAGUUCGUGAAAAUGAAUUGGCUCUUUUAGCUUUACGCGUGCAAUGGGAACGUGAAUAUGGUAAUGCAAUGAAUUCUUGGAAUAUAUUAAUCGAUGAAAUUAAUGAUUUCAUUACUAAUCAUGGUAGAUGGAAACCUCCAAUUUUCUCUGAAGAUGAUGGUUGGUUUACUAGCGAUAAUCAACUUGGUCAAAAUGAUGUUACUCUAGAAUCACAGCAAAUCUAUGAACGGUUGGUAGAUUACAUAAACAAUAUAAUACCUCCCACAACUGAUAUUUUUGAUGAGUUAUUGGAUACUUCUCUUGUAGAGCUACCCGAACAUUUACUUGAAAGACAGGAAAAAAUUGAAGAAAGCGAUAAAGCAUACUUGGAAGAAUAUUUUGAUUUUGCUAAAGAUGUUUUGACCCAACGAAAGCAAGUUUUAGAUUAUGUUCAUGAAGUGGACUUAUCUCAUGUGGAUGGAGUUAAAUUAAAGGACGAAUUAGUUCUCGAGGAAUCUAAUCCACGUGGUGGUUCUGUAGAAAAGAAAUUUAUUGCCCGUGUAAUCGAGCUUAACAAACGCGCAGAAAAAUCUUGGAAUUCAAUGGCCCAACAAAUUCUUUAUCCCAAUCAUGAAAAACAUAAUGAAUCAGAAAAUGAAGUAAUAAAGCAAGCGGUCGUAGCUUAUAAUGAAAAAUUAAAGGUGUUGCUUGGAGAAACCGAUGAAGCCUUGAAAAAUUAUCAACGCGCUCUUAAACUUGUAGAAACAGCAAACGAAUGUAAAAAAGAAGCUGAUCGUUUGGAAGCUUGGAUUGCUAAAAAGGACGAUUACGUAAACAAACGUAAAUUUGAUGUUUUCCAAGAACCUUGUAAAUUCACUUCUCAAGAUAUUGACGAUUACGUCACCUCAAAUGCUCAAAUUGCUGUUGAUAUCCAUAAUUUCGAUGAAGAAGAGUUAAAAGAUUUACGUCAAAAAGUUGCAGCUUUAAUUUCGGAAGUCAAAGCUAUUGGAACAAAAUGCGUCAACACUGAUGAGUUGGAAGGUAUAAUGAAAAAUCUUGAUGAUAAGUUGAAUGGACUUCGUGAUGAUUUUCAAGUUUUACAAUCUCGUGAACCCGAUGAAGUCGAUGCCGCUAAUAAACGUCUCAUAUGGGAAGAUUCUCUAAAGAAAUCAAAUCAUUUUCUCGAUGAUACAACAAAAGAAUCAAAAGCUUUUAUUACUUCAAAAGCAACAUGGAAACCCGAAACUCCGGAAGAUACAUCCGCACAUGAAAUGCUUAGUCAAGAAUAUUCAUCCCUUGAAGGAAAAGUUAAAGAUUUCAUAUCCAGAGAGAUCGUUGAUCACAAAUCAAAUUACGAUGCAUUCAUUGAAGCUAGUGAAAAGUUGGCUGAUAAGGAUCGUCGUAAUCAUAUUGAAACUCGUCAAUCUAAGCUUGAAUCUACUGUUGAUAACCUUAAUGAAUAUGUGUCAUUCGCUCAUGAUCUUUUGGAACAACGUGCUGCUGUUGUUGAAUAUAUGUCCGAAGCAACUAAAUUGGACAAUAAUGCAGUUGAAAUUAAGAAAAAUCUCAUUGAAGCCGAGAAAAAUGUGUCAAAAGGUCCAAGUGAACUUGAUUUUGAAAACCAAUUAAAAGAUUUCAAUCAAGAUAUAACUGCUUUAUGGGAUGAACGUGGUUCAAAAUUACCUUAUCCUGCAAGUCAUAUUAUGGAUGAAGUAAAAGUCACAAAGAACACCGUUAUAGAAGCAGCCGCUCAAAAACGUUUGUCUUCACUAGAAUCUGCGAGAGAAGAAUUAGAUAAGUUAUACGAAACUUAUCAAACCUCCUUGGCACUUCAACAACGAGCUAACGAAUAUAUCAAUGAUUCUUCUCGUAUGCAAGAUUGGAUUUCAGAAAGACGAAAGAAACUUGAAGAAAAUAAGGUCGACCCUCUUGCUGAAGAUUGUCCUUGGAAUGAACCUGAGGUUCAAAAAAUGCAAGAGCAACAUGAAGAAUUCCUUAAAGAAAAUACAAAAGUUGAUGUUGAAGAUCUAAGUCAAAUUCGUCGUAACCUUGAAACCUUACUUGAAGAUAUCAAAAAAGCCAAUUGUAAGAGUGUUGAUCAAAAACCACUUCGAGAAGCAUUGGAGGAACUCAAUAAAAAGUUUGGGGAACUUCAAUCAGAAUCUGCUUCACACCAAUUGGAUCUUUCUGUAUUACAAAGUCGUGCUAAAUGGGAAGAUCAGUAUGGUCCUGGCUUAAGCUCGCUUGAUAAGCUAACUAAUCAAGUUGAUGAAUUUAUUUCCGAGAGAGCAAGAUGGUCACCAGAAAAAGCAAAUCCAGAAACCGAUUUACAUCAAGAAUUUAUCGAUUUAAAGCAAAAGGUUUCAGAAUUUGAAGAGAAGCCCUUAACUUUAACAAAAUCAUCAUAUAAUGAUAUGUUAUCUUCUAUCAAAACUUACCUAUCAAAACAACCUCCUAAACACAUUUCCGACCGUCAACUUGAUUUUACUGAACGUUUCGAAAACCUUACUAAACGCGAGGAUUUAAGUAAACAAGUUUUGGAACAAAGAGAUGCUACAAAUUCAUUUAUAAAUCAAGCAAACUAUUUAGAAAAGGAAGGCGAAUCAUUAAAAGAACAAUUGAAAUCUGCCGAAGAAAGUGGUACAGUAGACCCCAGCCUUACUGAAAAACUGGUAGCCUAUAAAGGUUCCUUGGAAGAUUUGGAAAAGAAUUUUGCGGGCAAAAUUUCUUACCCCAUAGAUUCCCUAGCCACUGAUGACGUCAAUGCGCCAAUAAAACAGGUUGUUGAUGCUCGUACGGAAGACCUUGCUCAUCUCUCCAAGGAGCUUGAUGAGUUAUUAAAAUCUUAUCAAGAUACAAUGAAGCUUUCCGAACAGCUCGAAAAUGCACUUUCAAAAGCUAAACAACUAGGUGAUGAAUUUGAUAGCUUCAUUUUCGAUAAAGCUGCAUGGCAACCUCAAGAAGGUCUUGUAGAUAUGAAAGAUUUGUUGGCCGAAUUAGAUGAUAUUAACGAGAAGGUUGCCGAGUUCGAUAAAAACACCGUUAUACCUGUUAAUGAUAAAGUUGGUGAUUAUGAAAAAAGCAAAAUCGAUCAACGAAAGGAUGUUAUGGGUUACAUGGCAGAGUGUUCUCGAUUGGAAAAAGAAGCAGAUCAAAUACAACAGAUACUCUUAUCUAACGAACCACAUUCACCUGGUGGAGAGGGCACCACUGUCUCUAAUGCAGUCAAUAAUUUUUCUGAUAGAGUUCAAACUUUAUGGAAUGAUAUUGCCUCACAAAUUCAAUAUCCUACAUAUUCAAUAGAGAAUGUUGAAAAAGAUCGAACUGGACGUACAGUAGAUAGCAAUAACCAUAUAAACGGAGCCGUGAACGCCCAAAAUGAAUCACUUACAUCUUUGGCAAAUAGUUUGAAUGAUUUACUAGAAACUUAUCAAAAUGUAUUACGUCGUAAGAAGAUGAUCGAAGCCUAUAUAAAUCAAGCCAAUGACGUUGCUUCAUGGAUUCAACCUAAAUUGGAUGUUUUGGGAGGUAUUCUUGAUGAUGAAACUUUAGGAGAAUUAUCAAAUGAUAAAAUACACGAUCUUAUCGGUGAAGUCGAUGAUGUAGAAGCUGCCCUUCAGGCUUAUCAUAGUGCUUUUGGUUUCGCUAAAAGCUUGGCGAAUAAACUAAUUGAAGAUAUGAUAAAUGAAAUUGAACAAGGUGGCGACGAUAUUGAAGAUGUAAAAGCUGACCUUGAACUUGUUCGGGCCAAGCAACAAGAAAUUGACGCAUUAUGGGACGGGCUACAAUCUGAUGUACAUAAAACAAGAGAUAGGUUGGAUCAAGCCCUUAAAGUUGUCGAUUUCAAAGAAAAAGCCAAUGAAUUUCUCGAUAAGGUCAAUGAUAUGUCUAGCAUAAUUUCAAGCACUUCAGUCGAAGACGUCACAAGUGCUGACAUGAAAGAUUGGCAAAUCAAAUUAAAUAGCUUAGAACAAGGGGAACUAUUCUCUUUAGUCAAACUACAUGACGUAGUUCAAGGGAAUUUGAAAGAAAAUUAUGGCGCUCUUAGUGAUAAGGAAUCUAAAGGGCUCGAAGGUCUUUUAAGAGAAGUUGCUAAUUCUAUUGGAGAUCUAAAGAAAGUGAUGAAUAAUAAGAUUGAUGAGGUUGAAGCAUAUCAAUCUUCACAGAUAGCUAAUGCUUAUAUGAAUCGUGUUAGUGAUUUACAAAGGUGGAUUGAAAAUUCAAUGGCAACGUUCGCGGAUGCUAAACCCAGACAUGGUAUCAUGGUAGGAAAUUCUUAUGAACUUAACAAAAACAAUUUCGAUGAAUUAGGAUCGAUUUUUGAACAAUUCACCCAUGAGCUACCUGAUCGUGUAGAUCAACUUGAAAGUAUAAGAACUGACUUUCAAGACAUAUCAUUAAAGGAUGGAAUACGCGAAUUGCAAGAUAUAUUGAAAUGGCAAGCGAACCUUGAUCAAUCUUGGGACAAUUUAGAUUUAUCUACAGGUGAAUUCAAGAACUUUAUCGUAAAAACUGAAAAUUGGAAUGAUCGACACGAUUCCAUAUAUCGUGUUGAAAAUGAUAUUUUGGGAGGAUUGGAAGAUCGUAUUAACGGAUUAAGUAGUAUAGAUUAUGAUAAUUUGGAAGCAGAAGUCAAAGAAUUAGACGAUAACAUCAAAAGGGCUAAACCAAUCCUUGACGAAGCUAAUUUAAAAGCAAGUCAAAUGGUUGAUGAUCCUGAUGAUUUAAUUGACUUGACAAACCGUGAAAAUUUUGAUCAUCAUUACAACGAAGCAAUUAAUCGUCUUAAUGAAUUAACGUCCUCAUUCCAAGUUGCUCUCACCGCAGCUCAUAACGCUUCAUUAUUAGCAGCUUUCCGCGCAGACGCAGACCGCAUAAUCAGGAAUUGUUACGAGGGAAUUGCUAUAGUAAAAUCAAGACAUGAAGAUCUUGAGAAUAGUGGAUAUUAUGCUCUCGAGGUUGAUUCUCUUGAAACAAUAGUAAACGAUGCUAUUAAAGGAUCUAAAGAAAGUGAAGCAAAGUUUGUCAAAUUCGAUCAACAAGUAAAUGUCGAUUUGAAAAAAGAGGCAGAUAAUCUUAUUGAAUUAAAUCCUGAAUCCAAUAAAGAUCGUGUGUUAAACAUUUUCAGUAAAGUUACAGCUGCUUUAACACAAUUUUCUGACGUUGUUGCUCUCGAACGUCGUGAAAUUGAACUUUCAAGAAGAGUUCAUAAACAUGCUGAGGCUGCAGGUAAGAUCAAGAGUUGGGUAGGUUCUUGUAAAAUGGCAGUAUUGAAUAUACAAACCGCCACACUUGAUCAAGAAGACGAAAUAGUAGAGUUAGAAGGAAGAGUUGGAAAUUUCCAAAAUUUCAUUGAUCAAUUCAAAGAUAGUAGUCAUCGAGUUCUUAUACCGGAAGCUGAUAGCGCCGAAAUUGAUGCACCUCAACCAGAGGAAACCAAUCCUAAAAUUAAAGAUUCUAUACAAACACGAACAAACCGUGUGCUAGAGGAUUGGUACGGACUUAUAGAUUUACUCGCAAAUUUAAGGACAAGCCUGAAUGCUUCAAAAGAAAGUCUAGAAGUAUCACGUUCUAUUAAAGAAAUUUUAGUAGCUAUUGGUCAAGUUAAAGAGAGAGUUUUGAACAUUGAAUCAUUUAUCACCGGUGAAGGUAUUCCAAGAUUACCGACAAAAGAUGAUAUAGAAGGAGGAGAUCGUGAACUUGAUGAGAUUCAAGCUGAAAUUGAUCAUAUCCUUGGACCAAGAAUUGAAUCUUUAGAUGAAAUGAUAAAUAAUGUAACAGAAAAUGAUUCAGGAUAUAUACAACAACGUCAUGGAAUUGCCGAAGCAUUAACCAACCUUGCAAGUAUAAUCGAUAAUAAGAGGAAUCAACUUAGGGAUGCGCAUAAUAUGGCAUUGUUUGGUACUAAAGCCGACGUAAUGAAUGCUUUAAUGAGCUCAUUACUUGAGGUUGUUGACCUCGCAACCACGACAAUGGACGGUUCCCCACUUUCAUCAUUAAAAACAAUUGAUUUACAACGACGCUCAAUUGAAUUGGAGUCCAAAUAUAACUACUAUUAUCCUAGAAUCAAUCAACAACUCGAAGAAUGCAGCUGCCUUGCAGAUCCAUUACGAGAUGAUUGGCGUGUUCAUGAUCGGUUGAAUAUACUGAAAGAACAAUGGGCAGAAUUGAUUGAAGUCGCCAACGCAAAGAAAGAAGAAUUACAUCAACUACUUCUCGGCGAAAAACAACCAAAGACACGGCACACGCGUUCUCAUUCCCAGAUUAUAACAGGUCGAAAGAGGGGUGUCGUUUCACCAGGAGGUGUGUCUCCAUCACGAAAUCCCAUGUACCGACCUUCGUCUACCUCACGUAUCGCACAAAUUCCAUCUCGCCUAUCACCGAGUCCAACGCCAGGUUCACCAGGAUCACCACGACGCCCGCCAAUAAGACUUAUACCACAUAAUGUUAAUAAUUAUGUUCCGGAUCCUAAAGAUCAACUUGACGUUGAAGUGGCAAGAAUAGUAAACGCUUGCCCCGUAAAGAUUAAAGUUUCCAUGGUUGAAGGUGAACCAGGAAAAUAUAUGUUUGGUGAAGUUGAACCAAAGCUUUGUUACUGUCGUAUACUGCGAAGUCGCAUGGUUAUGGUUCGAGUCGGAGGGGGCUGGGCAGAACUUUCAAAAUUCCUUGUUGAACACGCUAACCUGGAACAAAAAUACAUCCCCAAAGCCCGAUCUUUUGUCGGAUUUGACGAAACAGACUCAACAAUCGGUGGAAACGAGUCCUAUAGUAGUCCCAGUUUUCAUGAGGCGAACCUCCGCUUCAUCCCGAAGGGACACGGCCUCCGAAUCGAAGGGUCAACGGGGAGCGGCCCACUGGCGUUGAAACGCAUGUCUUAUACCCGUAAAGUGAGUAAUCAAGAAAAUGAAAAUGAUAGAUCACGUAUUGGUAAACCACCAAAAAGUAGCUUGAGAAGAUCAACGAGCGAUGAUUAUUAG